GGCGCUCUCACCGUCAUGAUGUCACACGAGCAGCGUUCCCAGGGCGUCACUUCCGGGGCUGGCCCCGCUGCCGUCCUGUCGCCCCGCUCCCCUGUCACGUGGAGCCGAGGCCCGGCUUCCGGAAAUGCGUCACGGGCUCGGGCCUGUCUCCUGCUGAGUCCGCCCGCGCGGAACUUCGGCUCGAACCAAAACAAACCGCGGAGCCGCCGGGCCGGGGGGUCACUUGUUCCUUGCCAGAGAGUUUGCCCACAAAGAGUCGCCAAGAUAGCUGGGCCAGGAAGAAAGCGUCGAACCCCUGACCCAGACUCCAUCACUGACCCCGGCGGGCCGUUUGUCUCAUCCAAACGGCUGAAAAUGUCCAGCAGCACCAAUGCCCCAGGCCAGAGAAGAGCGUCCCGGGGGCUGGAGGAUGCAACCAACAAGAAGAAGCAGAAGGACCGAGCCAACCAGGAGAGCAAGGAGGGAGAGAGACCUGGCAGCGACCCUAAGAAAGACCUGCUGCUGGACUGGAAGCAGAACGCUGACGAGGUCAUUGUGAAGCUGAACUUGGGCAGCGGGCCCCUGAAGGUGGAGGAGGUGGAUGCUGCAUUCACAGACACCAACUGCAUAGUCAGGCUGCCAGAUGGCCGCCAGUGGAGUGGCGAGUUCUACGGGGAGAUCGAGAGCUCCUGCAGCAAAGUCCACGGCAAGAAGGGCAACUUCCUGCAGCUGGUGCUUCAGAAGAAGAUCCCCCUGCACACCUGGGCUUCGCUCCUGAAGAAGCAGAAGGACGGAUCCAAGGAGCUAGCCAAGGGGACCGUGAGCCAGGAGAACGGGAAGGAACAGCCCCCGCCUGCACAGGCUGCCCCCGAGGAGCAGGCAAGGAGCAAACGGGAGUUCCCUAACUCGAAGCGAGCUCCAGGGAGGGGUGAGGCCCCAGAAGGGAAGAGCCCAGCCAGCCCCGGGCUGCAGAGCUGGCCCAGCGCCAAGCGGUCCGGGUACCUCAAGGUGGCUCUGAUGGAGGAGGAGCCAAAUGCCGAGGUUGCUGGGGGCUUGGAGCCUGGCAAGGAACCCAGUGGGAGGGGGGGCAGCCGGCAGAACAGCCGAGCAGCCCACGGCGAUGCUGCCACGGACCUGACCCCGCCUCUGGUGAAGGCCGAAGUGCUGCAGACGGAGCCCGUGCUUGUGGGGAUGCAGCUACUCGCUGCCCCUUCAGAGAGCUUCCCCCAUCACAUGGCGCCCUGCCUUGAGAAGAGACCCCUGCAGCCGGCUGCCUCCCAGUGCCUUCCAGCCCUUGGAGAGGGCCCCGAGGCUGUCCAGGCCCCUGCCUCCCCUCCGCUGGGCAGAGACGCUGAGAAGAGAGAUUGGUCCAAAGAGGAUGUUGCCCUGGAAGCAGCAGCUGAUGAGCCAGAGCCCAUGGUGAGCCUGACCUUGGUGAAGAACGACUCGUACGAGAAGGGCAGUGAUUCGGUGGUGGUGCACAUCUACGUGAAGGAGAUCCACAGGGAGACCUCCAAGGUGCUGUUCCGGGAGCAGGACUUCACGCUGGUGUUCCGGACCAGUGACGUGAACUUCCUGCGACUGCACCCUGGCUGCGGCCCCCACACGGUGUUCAGGUGGCAGGUGAAACUCAGGAACCUCAUUGAGCCGGACCAGUGCACGUACAACUUCACUGUCUCCCGCAUCAACGUCUGCCUGAAGAAACGCCACAGCCAGCGCUGGGGGGGGCUGGAAGCACCAGCUGCACGAGGUGCAGUGGGUGGUGCAAAGGUUGCCAUGCCAACAGCCCCUACCCCUCUGGAUAAGAGCCAGCCGGGCAGCAACCAGCACCCCCUGUCCAGUAAGGAGGAGGCUCGGGCAGGGGAGAAGGAGAUGCCCAGAGCAGAGGACGGUGGCCUGGAGGGUGUCGUGGCCCGGACGGCCACAGAGCACGUCACAGUGAAGCAGGAGCCGCACGUCCCCUCGCCGAAGCCGAUGUGCAUGGUGCCGCCCAUGACUCACAGCCCGGUGAGCAGCGAGAGUGUGGAGGAGGACGAGGAGGAGGAGGAGAAGAAGAAGGUGUGUCUGCCGGGCUUCACGGGGCUGGUGAAUCUGGGGAACACCUGCUUCAUGAACAGCGUCAUCCAGUCCCUGUCCAACACGCGGGAGCUGCGGGACUAUUUCCAUGAUCGCUCCUUCGAGGCUGAGAUCAACUACACCAACCCGCUGGGGACGGGGGGGCGCCUGGCCAUCGGCUUUGCUGUGCUCCUGCGGGCGCUCUGGAAGGGCACGCACCACGCCUUCCAGCCCUCCAAGCUGAAGGCAAUUGUGGCCAGCAAGGCCAGCCAGUUCACGGGCUACGCCCAGCACGAUGCCCAGGAGUUCAUGGCCUUCCUUCUCGAUGGCCUGCACGAGGACCUGAACCGCAUCCAGAACAAGCCCUACACGGAGACGGUGGACUCGGACGGGCGGCCCGACGAGGUGGUGGCAGAGGAGGCCUGGCAGCGGCACAAGAUGAGGAACGACUCCUUCAUCGUGGACCUCUUUCAGGGCCAGUACAAGUCCAAGCUGGUGUGCCCGGUGUGCGCCAAGGUAUCAAUCACGUUUGACCCCUUCCUGUACCUGCCGGUGCCCCUGCCCCAGAAGCAGAAGGUGCUGACUGUCUAUUACUUUGCUAAGGAGCCGCACAAGAAACCUGUCAAGUUCCUCGUCAGCACCAGCAAGGAGAACUCCAGCGCCGCUGAGGUGCUGGACUCGGUGGCCCACAGCGUGCGUGUGAAAGCCGAGAACCUGCGCCUGGCAGAGGUGAUCAAGAGCCGCUUCCACCGCAUGUUCCUGCCGUCCCACUCGCUGGACACGGUCUCCCCCACAGACCUGCUCCUGUGCUUCGAGGUGCUGUCCCCAGAGCUGGCCAAGGAGAGGGUGGUGGUGCUGCAGGUCCAGCAGCGUCCCCAGGUGCCCAGCGUCCCCAUCAGCAAGUGCGCAGCCUGCCAGAAGAAGCAGCAGUCGGAGGACGAGAAGCUGAAGCGCUGCACUAGGUGCUACCGAGUGGGCUACUGCAAUGUGGGGUGUCAGAAAACGCACUGGCCAGAUCACAAAGCCCUGUGCCGCCCCGAGAACAUCGGCUUCCCCUUCCUCAUCAGCGUGCCGGAGUCGCGCCUCACCUACUCCCGCCUGGCCCAGCUCCUGGAGGGCUACGCAAGGUACUCGGUCAGCGUGUUCCAGCCUCCUUUCCAGCUUGGCCUGCAGCCCCUGCUCCCCGAGAAGCUGGACCUGCCUGCAAGGAGUAGCUGUGCGACUGCCACCCCCACCCCAGAGUCGGGGGAUGGGGACUGGGCCCCUCACCGGCAGGAGCCCCAGCUACCCCCCCACACCCCGGAGCUGCACCCUGAGCUGGGGGACGCCAGCACAGUGCCCAGCUCAGAUUCGGGCUGCUCUGAGCGCUCCCUGGAGGCGCCGGGCGAGAGCUGCUGGGAGAAGGAGCCGUCCUACGAGCGAGGCCCCAAGCCCGAAGCUGCCAUCCCCGGAUACCAGCAUGUGCCCAACGCGCUCAGUGCCCACGCCACCCAGUUCUACAUCAACAAGAUCGAUGGAGCCAGCCGAGAGCACAAGCUGGAGGAGAAAGGCGAUGCCCCGCUGGAGCUCACGGACGACUGCUCCCUGGCGCUGGUGUGGAAGAACAACGAGCGCCUCAAGGAGUUUGUGCUGGUGGAGUCCAAGGAGCUGGAGUGCGUGGAGGACCCGGGCUCGGCCAGCGAGGCGGCUAGGGCUGGCCACUUCACGCUGGGCCAGUGCCUCAACCUCUUCACCAAGCCCGAAGUGCUGGCGCCCGAGGAAGCGUGGUACUGCCCCAAGUGCAAGCAGCAUCGCGAGGCCUCCAAGCAGCUCUUGCUGUGGCGCCUGCCCAACGUGCUCAUCAUCCAGCUCAAGCGCUUCUCCUUCCGUAGCUUCAUCUGGAGGGACAAGAUCAACGACAUGGUGGACUUCCCGGUCCGGAGCCUGGACCUGAGCAAGUUCUGCAUUGGGCAGAAGGAGGAGCAGCAGCAGCCCAUGUACGACCUGUAUGCGGUGAUCAAUCACUACGGCGGGAUGAUUGGCGGGCACUACACGGCCUACGCCCGGCUGCCCAGCGACAAGAACAGCCAGCGCAGCGACGUGGGCUGGCGGCUCUUUGAUGACAGCACGGUGACCACGGUGGACGAGAGCCAGGUGGUGACGCGAUACGCGUACGUCCUCUUCUACCGCCGGCGGAACUCUCCCGUGGAGAGACCCCUGCAGGGGCGCCCCCCGGAGCACCGGCCAGACAUGGCCUCCGCCGCCGAGGCAACCGCCAGUCAGGCUUCUCUGAUCUGGCAGGAACUGGAGGCCGAAGAGGAGCCCGAGGCUCGCAGGAGGCAUGCCAGGACUCCCUGCAGGCCCCGUGGCCAGAAGGCGAGCCAGGCCGCCCGGCAGCACCCUGACGAAGGCUGCCUCCGAUACGUUGUGCUGGGCACCAUGGCAGCCAUUGUGGCACUCUUCCUAAACGUCUUCUACCCCCUCAUCUCCCAGAGCCGCUCAAGAUAGGCGCUGGGGGGCAGCCGAGCUCCGCAGGGGCAGUGGCUAGCCCAGCCCUGAACAGUUCCAGCCGCCCUGGCGAGGGCUGCUCUGCGCCAAAGGCAUUGGGACACCUCGCCAGGUAGGUGCUGGAGUGAGCCCUGCUGCCAUGACACCCAGGCCUGCUCGCGACCAUGGAGACCUCGCUGGGCAGCCUUCGUUGCAGGAUCCCGCUCUGCAGAGUACACAGCCAGGCUCCGUCCGGCUCCUGGGGAGCGGGGACUCUCCAGGCCGCUCUGCCCUCCGGCAGCAUGUGCUCUGGGGUGCAAGCAGCCAGAAUGGCGGACCAGCGGAGCGCAGCUGGGCCUGGCACAUGCUCCUAACCUGGGAGGUCGGAUUGCUGCUGGGGCUGCCAGCCCUGGAGAUGGUGCGCACGGACUUGGGCAGGCCUUGCCCAAGCAGUAGUGAGGCUGGGACUGAUGCGAGGCCUCCCUGCGUGGGUCCCCUCUACUGCAGAGCGAUCUCCCGCUGAGCCUAGCGCUCCACCUUGCUAGCCGUGGGCUCUGCUCCUGGCAUGCUGGGUCCUGUGUGCCCGUGGCUCCAGGCGUGGUGCUGCCCGGAGGUUGCUGGCAGGCUGGCCUCAGGACCUUCACAUGGGCACGGGCCCCGUCACACGCAGAGGUGUUUGGGCUCAUGCCCACUGGACUUGGCUGCCUCCUUGACAAUUAGCCUGCUGGCUGUGGCCUCGUGACUAAUAGUCCCCAGCGUGCAGCAGGCCUGCCUGCUCCACCCUGCACCUCCGCUCGCCCCCGAGUGCCGGCCGGGAGUCCCACGGCCCGUGUGGGCUCAGCAUCUGCCACAGUCCAGCCGAGUCCAAAACGAGCUGGUGGGAGGUGGGGCCAGUCUCCCUGCGGCUACCUGGGGGUGGGACCUUGGGAAAGCAUGCCCAGCGCUGGACCCGGGGUGGGGAGUUCCUGCCAGGAUGGCAGCAAAGGGCCCUCCGUUGUGUACUGUAUGGACCGUAUUAAUAAAUCCGGGCUGUUCCAACCGUGCGGUGCCCGUCUCCUUUCUCUGCGCCAGGGAAUGACUCACCGGGGGCCAAGGGAACUGGCACCAGAUCCCCCAUCUCUGCCAUAGUCGCGCCACUGUGUGCCACACUCUGCUCAGCCAUCCUUGGGCUGCCCCUGCCAAGCUGCUCCUUACGCUGAGGCAGGGACUGCGCCCAUGCUGCUGCCCAGCCUGCGGGGAGCUCAUGCUCAUGGCUCUGCCAGGAGCCCGCUGUCCCCACUUCUUAUGGCGAACGCUCCCCCGCUCUGCGUGAGCCUGACAACUGCAUGGCAGAGCCAGCCCCCCCCACGCUGCAGCUCCACUGAGAACAGGGCCUGCCAAGCGCCAGGGCAGAGCUCGCCCAGGCAGGUGGGGAACUGGGGCUCCGAGCGUGUGUGCGCUGGGCUGGGGUGGGAGAGAAGCCCUGCUAACGCUGCAGAGGGACGUGCCGGGCUGGGGCUGGCAGUGAGGGACGUCAGCAGAGCUGUGGGCUGAGCUAGGAGGACUUGGAUGUGCAGAGUGGUGCUGUGCCAGUGGUCUGCGCCCCAGGACGGAGGCGGGUCGCUCAGCAUGGCUCGAGGUGCAUGGCGUUCUGUCCAGAUUUGUGCGCUGCACCCCCACCCGAAGCAACCCCGGCGAGUAGUCUGGCGUAGGGUGAGACGGCCCCUACGGCAGGCGAUGGCAAAGACCUGGCCAUCACCCACCUGCUGCAAAUGCAGCACCGCGGCCCCAGAGUAGAGCCCACUGUUGGCCUCGCCCCCGUCCCAGACUGCCUGUGCGCAGCCCCUGCUGUCGCGUCUGGAGCUUUGCGGGGGCUCUGCCCACAGCAGGCUCUGGCCUGGGACGGGCCGUGCCCUUGGCCCUCUUCUGGCUUCGCAGCCUGAGCUCCUCACUGCAGCGUGGCUCCUUCGUCAGGGCUGGGGCUUGGCCUUCAGCGCUCUUGGCAGCCUAGGCACACUGCGGGGCACCUGGCCGUGUCCUGCUGCUUGUGUCCCGCUCCCAGCCAGCCAAGGCCACAGGGCUCGAGUGCUGACCCUUGUCUGGAGUCUGUGAGGGAGACCCCUGCCCUCGAGUCCCCUGCCAGCCGAGGAACGCUGCACCGGCCUCUAAGGGGGCGACUGGCCCAGGGCUUUCUGGAUUCCGACCCAGCGCUGAGCCAUGGUUCCUCUGUCCUCACGAGGAGGAAGAGGCAGGGCUGGGGCAAGUCUCUGCCCCAGCACUGGCUCCUCUGGGUCUCGGGCCUGGUCAGUACAGGUUCCAAGGACCUGCCAUGGGGGCAAGGGACAGCUCUGGGUCCGUAGGAGCUGCAGGGUCUUGCUCUCGGCCUGUGGCUUUGGCUGAUCCCCACCCAGCUCCGAUAGAAGAGACUGAGGGCCCUGCGAACCAGUGCACGGGCGGCCCUGUGGCAGGGGGGCGUGCCCUGCUGGCACACCUUCGGGGUCCUGGGCACUGCCCACGCAGCUCCACAUCCAGCCGCGGCCAGCAAGCCGAGGAGUGGGCUGGAGAGCGUGCUCACACUGUGGCGUGGCCAAGGGAGAUGGACGCCCGCACUGGGCCACUGCACUCUUGCCCCAGGCAAGGGUCUGAGGUCUGGCCACGGAGGAGCCUGGAGCCCCCAUCACGUAGCCCAGCAGGGCCUAGCAUGCUGCUUCCCCCCAACGCCCAAGGCUGGCAUGCUGACAAGGAAGCAGCUGCCCCAUGUCCGGCCAAAGCAGAUCCUGCCCCUCCCUUGGUCUCACGAGGCAGGCCAUGAGGAUGGGAUCCUGGCUUCUGCUCUGCUUUUCCCUCGGCACUAGCUGUUGCAGGGCCGAGCUCCUGUGGGGAUGUCACGGCCAGGCGGGAGAAACACUCGUGCUCUGGAUCAUGGGGGCAGCCAUCUGUCAGAAUCCAAGGCCACAAGGGAUCGUUGUGAUCAUCUCGUCCAAUCGCCGAGAGCAGAUCCUUUAGGAAAACGUCCAGUCUUCAGUUCUGAAGUUCCAGGGAUGGAGAAUCCACCACAACCCUGGGAGGGGAGACUGUCCCAUCAGUUAAUUCCCCUCUCUUGUUUCCCCUCUGACUUCGUCUAGCUUGAAUUUCCAGCCACAGGAUCAUGUUAGACCUUCCUCUGCUAGACUGAAGAGCCCUGUUAUUCAAUAUACCGGACCCAGGAUCCCAGCAGCGGUCGCACCAGGGCCAAAUACUGAGGCAAAAUCACGUCUCUGCUCCUCCUCCAGAUUCCCCUCUUUAUACAUCCCAGGAGCACAUUAGCCCUUUUGGCUACAGCUUCCUAUU